AUGACGGAAGAGCAAAAGGCCAUCGUCAUACCGCAUCUCGACCCUCCGAAGGCAUUUUCCUUCAAGACAGAAGACUGGAAUCGCUGGGCACAGCGAUGGGAAAGAUACCGGCAUGCAGCGGGCCUCGCGCAGCGGUCACAGGAAGAUCAAGUAAAUAUAUUGAUAUAUACAAUGUGCGACAGAGCGGACGACAUCAUAUUGUCGUUUAAAUUAAGUGACGAGGAACAAAAAAGGUACGACACGGUCAUGGGUAAGUUUAAAACUCAUUUUGGCGAGAAAACAAACGUAAUAUACGAACGUGCUCGGUUCAAUCAGCGCCGACAAGACGCGAACGAAACAGUAGACGAAUUCAUCGCCGAUUUGUUUAGGUUGGCAGAAUCUUGCAAUUUCGGAAAUCUACGAGAAGAGCUUAUAAGAGACCGCAUUGUCGUAGGCGUAAGGAAUACGAAGUUAUCGGAGGCCAUGCAAUUACAGUCCGAUUUAACUCUCGAAAAAGCCAUUUCAAAAACUAGGCAGGCGGACGAAGUCAAACGUCACCAAAACUUGGUAAGAGGAGAACAGACGUCAGUAACAAGCGGAUUAGCGAUAGACCAUAUUCGUAGACAGAAGUCAAAUCAGCAAAGCAAGACGUCAGGGAAACACGGAGAACAAAGAAGUAAUAAAAAGGCACAGAAGUGUAACAGAUGUGGAUGUGCGCCACAACAUGCAUUCAUAGCCUGUCCGGCGAAACAUUCAGAUUGCAAUAAUUGCGGAAAGAGAGGACACUGGGAAGCAGUAUGCAAUACGAAGAAAAAGAAAGUGCACGAAAUUAAUAAAAAUAAACCCGGAGAGGGUGCAAAUAUGAGUAGCUCAUAUUCAGCAGCGGACGCAGUAUUCGCAGAUCAGAUAGAAGUUAACUCAGCGGUAACAAAUACUACACCAGCAUGGAAGACGACCGUCAAAAUAAACAAAAUACCCAUCGAUUUCAAGAUCGAUACAGGAGCAGAUGUAUCUAUCAUCGGCGAGGAGCUACGAAGACAACAAUUUAGCAAAAUCGCUAUGAGCCGAAACAAGGAACAAAGCGGCUUGCGAGCGGUAGGAAAUUUAAGCAUUCCGGUCAAAGGAUCGAUGCAGGUCAACAUAGAAUGGCAGGGACAAAAAUGCCAGGAACGAAUAUAUGUAGUACCCGGAGCCAGAGAGCCGCUACUCAGUCGAACAGCCAUCGAACGAUUAGGCAUCAUUCGUUGGGUAAAUUCAGCGAGGGAACAACCAGAAGUAAGAUACAAAAAAGUAUUUAAAGGACUAGGUCGGUUAAAUCGACCCUACACUCUUAGAUUGAAAGAGGACGCAACUCCAUACGCAGUGUCGACCUCAAGAAGAGUAGCAAUUCCGUUACGUGAAAAGGUGCGGCAGGCGUUACAAACCAUGCAGAAGGAGGACAUCAUCAGCCCAGUGGAUGAACCUACCGAGUGGUGUGCAGGAAUGGUAAUCGUGCCUAAGCCUAAUGGAGACGUCCGGAUAUGCGUAGAUUAUACGCAUUUGAAUAAAAGCGUUCAGAGAGAGAAACACAUACUGCCAGCAGUAGACGAGACAUUGGCAUCGCUUGCGGGAGCGAAAGUAUUUUCUAAAUUAGAUGCAUGCUCGGGGUAUUAUCAAAUCAUGCUACAAGAAAAAUCAAGAAAAUUAACAACAUUUAUUACCCCGUUUGGACGAUUCUAUUUCAACAGACUACCCAUGGGAGUGUCAUCAUCCGGCGAACAUUUCCAGAAACAGAUGAGUGCCAUUUUGGAAGGAAUAGAAGGAGCAUGCAAUUUAAUGGACGACACUUUGGUUUAUGGAGCUACAGAGGCCGAACAAGAUAGAAGAUUGGAAAUCGUCCUGAAGAGGCUCCAAGACAAUGGAGUUACGCUGAAUAAGGCCAAAUGCAUAUUCAGAACAUCCAGCGUAAAGUUUUUAGGACAUGUAAUCUCAGCGGAGAAAGGAGUGCAACCAGACCCAGACAAAGUCAGAGCAGUCAAAGAUAUGGAAAGACCGAAGUCUAGGGAAGAAUUACGUCGAUUUUUAGGCAUGGUACAUUACCAUACGAAGUUUUUAAAUCACCUGGCGGACGCAAUUCAACCGUUUCGAGACCUAUUAAAGAAAAAUCACGAAUUCGUAUGGACAGCAGUUCACAAACAAGCUUUCGACAGAAUAAAAGAAAGUUUAGCAAAAGCACCAGCAUUAGCAUUCUAUGAUCCGUCGAGAAAAACACGCAUAUCCGCUGAUUCAUCAAGUUACGGUUUGGGCGCGAUACUAGAGCAAGACAUGGGAAGCCAGUGGCAACCAGUCAGUUACGCAUCGAGGGGCCUGACAGCAACAGAAAAAAGAUACGCUCAAAUAGAGAAAGAGGCAUUGGCGCUCACUUGGGCGUGUGAAAAAUUUGCAGACUAUAUAAUAGCCGGAUCCCAAGGCUGGUUAUUGUUGGGGUCGCUUGCCCUCAAGGCCGGCGGUGUUCCCGGUGGUGUGUGCGGUGACGGUGGCUGUCGGUGCGCUUCCGGUGACGUCUCCCAAUCGUCGCGCGUUGUCUGUGUGCCCGCGGUGUGCUUCUCCGGAGUCACGGGCGGCGACGGGGACACCGCUGCAGGUGGCGUUGUUGCCAGCGACACAUUAUCCCGCGUUCCCCUACAAGACAAGACUAGCGAAGAAGAUAUUCUGUUGGACGAAGGUAUGAAUUUAUUCGUACAAACCAUUGAAGAAGCAACGCCAGUUGGAGACAAAUUGUUAAAAGAAGUAAUAGAGGCGCAAAAUCGCGACGUCACUUCAAAUAUACUUCGGCAGUACACACGCGAAGGAUGGCCGACGCAUAAAUCAAGCGUAAAAAUAGAAGCACGAAAGUUCUUCGAGCACCGGGGAAACCUGUCAGAAUUAAAAGAGAUUUUAGCUUAUGGAACAAGAUUAUACAUACCAGAAGGACCAUUACGAAAACAGAUGCUCGAGCGGGUGCAUACAGGACAUCUGGGAAUAACUCAGUGCACAGAUAGAGCGAAAGAAGCCAUUUGGUGGCCAGGCAUCAGUACCGACAUCAAGAAUCAGAUAUCACAGUGCAAACAAUGUUUGGAACAUAGACCACAGGUCGUAGAACCAUUAUUGCCAACGCAAACUCCAGAGAGGCCUUGGUACUUUGAAAUGGCCGAAUUGAGAAGUACAUCAUCAUCAGCGGUCAUUGAAGUCGCAAAGAAGAUUUUCGCCAGGUUCGGCGUGCCGGAAACAAUGCGGGCUGAUAAUGGGCCACAAUAUAGAGAAGAAUUCAGACAAUUCGCUAACGAAUGGCACUUCAGAUUAAUAACAAGCAGUCCAUACCAUCCACGAAGUAACGGGCAAGUAGAGGCAGCGGUAAAAAUAGCAAAAGCCCUGCUAUUAAAAGAAAAGGAAGUGGAACAGGGUCUGUUAGUAUACAGAGCAACACCGUUGGAAUCAGGAGUUAGCCCAGCAGAAUUACUGAUGGGGCGGAAGUUACGGUCCAAUAUUCCACAACAUCGCCAGAAGAUGCACGACAAGCGCAUCAAGAUCAAGCAUAUAUACGACCAGAGACACCGAACACAUAAAUUAAAGGAACUGGAAGCCGGACAGAAGGUGUGGAUCACAGAUCGAAAGACAUACGGCAGGGUGUUGCGUCGUCGAGAAGAGCCAAGAUCAUACGAGGUCGAAACGCCAACUGGUACCAUCCGCAGAAAUCGAGCGUUCCUAGUACCCGUCCAGGGAGACAUAGAAGACAGCAGUUACGAUCAAUUCAUCAGCGAACCAGAACAAGGAAACCAAUCCGGAUCAGCAGUAGAGAAAACAGUAGAGGUAACAGCAAAGGGAGCGUCUCGAACAGACAGCCAGAGCAGAGAACAAGACAAUAGAGAACCAUCCACACCGCGGAGAUCAAACAGAGUUAGAAAGUCCCCAGAUAGAUUUGAUCCUUCCAAGUAUCCCUUAGCAAUAGCUGCCCCUACCCCUGUUUCUGCAUUAGUACAUUCUUCGACUUUAGUGACAACGGGGGUGUAUUUAAUAAUUCGAUUUAAUAAGUUUUUAGUAACUACUAAUAUAAGGAUAGUUUUAGGAUUUUUAUCUAUUUUAACUAUAUUUAUAUCUGGAAUUAUAGCAAAUUUUGAGAAUGAUUUAAAAAAAAUUAUUGCUUUGUCUACAUUAAGACAGUUGGGUAUAAUAAUGAUAAUUUUAAGAUUUGGGUAUAGAUUAGUAGCCUAUUAUCAUUUAUUAAUUCAUGCAAUUUUUAAAUCUAUGUUAUUUAUAGGAGCGGGCAGGGUUAUUCAUAUAAUAAAGAAUACUCAAGAUAUUCGAUUAUUAGGAAAUUUGAAUGAGGGUAUACCUUACGUAAUAAUAAGAUUAAUGAUUUCAAAUUUUGCAUUAGGCAGGGUUCCUUUUAUAUCGGGAUUUUACAGAAAGGACUUAAUUAUAGAUAUUUUUUAUGUUCAUAGUGGGAUAAAUAUAAUU